AUGGCGGACCCAGUGAGGCGGCGCUGCGGCCACAGGGAGUCGCCAUAUUGCCGGGCAGGGAACGCGGAAAUCGCUCCGGGUUCUGCCAAGGCUUCAGGUCCCCGCCCGCCGCAGCCGGAUGACGCAAUAGCUGAGCUCCGCCAGCAGCGACCAAAUCCGAUGGCGGGAAAGUUAAGCUCGGACGCUCCCGUGGGGCUGGAGGAAAGCUCGUCAGGUAUCGAGCCAGCAAACCAGAUGCGCUCUCCAAGCUGGAACGAGGGGAAGAGCCGUGGGCAGUACAGCGUGGAUGCCACUGUCCAGUCUCUCCAGGUGAGCGGGGAGAAUCAUUUUAUUUCAAACAAGGAUUGUGAGGGAUUCCAGAAUGAAUCCCUGUUCUCUUCUGUCCUAGAACUCAGGAAGGUGGAUGAUCUUCUGCAGCAUCACUUGCAAAUCCAAAACCUUCAGAAGAGUGUGGACCGAGGCUGUGAACAUAGUAUGUUAGCAGAUAUUGUUAAUCAGAGUGAAGAUCAUUCUCUAUUCAAGCAAAAUUGCAAUGAUAUGUUUGAGAUAAGUGAAAAACCUUUAAAAUCAAAUGAAAAUUUUGAAAGCCAAAAUAGAAGCUGUAACUUAAAGAAUUCUGUGGAGUUGAAGGGAGAUGGAAUAUGUAUUCGUCAUGCUAACCAUGAACAAUUUUACACUGAAAUCAUGUUGCCAGUUAGUACCAAACUAAUUAAUAAUCAAUCCUGGUUCAUUCAGCAACAGAACACUCACAAUGUAGAGAAAGCCCAUGUGUGCAUUGGAAGUGGGAAAGCCUUUAUGAAGGUGUCUCAGCUCACUGAUCAUCAGAGAGUUCAUACUAGACAGAAAUUUUAUGGGUGCAGUCUGUGUGGGAAGGACUUUCUCAGGAAAUCCAGGCUCACUAAACAUCAGAAAAUACACACGGGACUCAAACAGUAUGAAUGUACUGAAUGUGACAAAACCUUCCUCAAGACAUCCCAGUUCAAAAGACAUCAGAAAAUGCACAUGAAAGAGAAACCUUAUAUGUGUAGUGAAUGUGGAAAAGCAUUCAUCAAAAAGUCUCGGCUCAUUUAUCAUCAUCGAACUCAUACAGGAGAGAAACCCCAUGGGUGCAGUCUAUGUGGGAAGACCUUCUCUACAAAAUUUAGUCUCACUGUACAUCAGAAAACCCAUACAGGAGAGAAACCUUAUACAUGCCCUGAAUGUGGAAAAGGCUUCAUUGAGAAGAGUCGUCUUAUUGCACAUCAGCGAACUCAUACAGGAGAGAAACCCCAUGGUUGCAAUCUGUGUGGAAAAACCUUCUCUACAAAGUGUAAUCUCACUACACAUCAGAGAACUCACACAGGAGAAAAGCCUUUUUUAUGCAGUGAAUGUGGGAAAGGCUUCUCAAUGAAGCAUUGUCUAAUUGGACAUCAGCGAACGCAUUCUAGAGAGAAACCCUAUGUAUGUGUUGUGUGUGAAAAAGCCUUCACCAUGAAGCGUGAUCUCACUGUACAUCAGCAAAGUCAUACUUCAGAUAAACCAUAUAUGUGCAAUGAAUGUGGAAAGGGUUUUAUUGUGAAGAGUCGUCUGAUUGUACAUCAGCGAAUGCACACGGGAGAGAAACCCUAUGUAUGCAGUGAAUGUGGAAAAGGCUUCCCUCAGGUGGGGUCCCUCGGCAACCACUGCUUUAGAAGAAAGACAUGCCUUGUAAAACAUCAGAGUUUUCACUCAGGAAACACUUCCUUUGCAUGUACUAAAUGCACAAAAUUCUCUUUUAGCAACAAUGAUCUCAUCCAUCAGAGAAUUCACAUGGGAGAGAAAUCCUAUGAAUGUAAUGAAUGUGGUAAAACUUUCACUACAAACUCAGGAUUCUAUGUUCAUCAAAGAACAAAGAGGCCCUAAGAGUGUAGCAAUUGUGGGACAGCUUUUGACCACUUGUCAGUUGUUAAACAUGAGAUUUCAUAGGUAGUUGCUUUGGGGUAAGCCUGUUGCCAGUUGUAGGCCUUCAAGAGGAUAGUAUGCAAUGAAGAAUAACUUGAUGCAAAAAGAGAGAUAGGGAAAAAUGAAUAUGUUACUGCAAAGAAUGUGGUACUGUCUUUCAAGGUCAAUUACCUCGUAUUUUAUAUGAAAAAACUUUUACAAAACAAGUGAUACAAUCAGCCUUGAUGAAAAUAUUUUAGGACAUUAUAUGUCUAUAAAGGUUAUCUUGACAUAAAUCCUAUGAAUGUGACAGUAGGAAAUUCUUACUGGGAAGUACUCCCUAUCAUGAUGAAUGUGUGAAUAUUUCUCAUUGUUUGAAAGCAUCUGCCCCAAAGUAAGACCUCAAUAGAUGUCAGUUUACACUAGAGAAAUACUUUUCUGUGGCAGUAACGUGGCAUGGAUUGCAUAAUUCAUGUUGCCUUAUUUGCCACAAAUCCAUGCAGAAAUAACUCAUGAACACAUUCAAUUUGGUGGUCUUUAGCAAAUGAAGAAGCCUUGAAUGAAAAAGCAUUCUGUCAUAAGUCUGAAGAAAAAAUAUACUUCACAAGCCAUUGUGGACAGGAUACCAUCAGCAAUAUUUCUACUCACCUUGUCUUUGAUUUUAAGUUUUAAACAGUGACAAUUACUCUCAUCAUGAAUAAAAUUUUAAUAAA